AAACAAAAAACAAAAAAGAAAUAGAAAAACACAGCACUCUUCAGCUGCCGGACAAACACAAACUCUUAACAAUGGAGAGAGCAACACCUGUACGAAUGCCUCACACCUCCAUCGCCGAUCUACCGACGUGGUCGGAUGUCCCGCUCCGGCAAACAACUCCGCCACCUCUACCGCCGCCUCUGGCGAUGGAUCUCGUUCCGGCGAACAACUCCCACAUCUUCCGGCGAAAUGUUGAGAAACAUGGAGAAGAGGGGAAAAUGGCUUUUAUCACGUGCCAGUUUAAGUGCAAUUUUGAUGAACAAAAUGUGCUUGAUGGAGCCCAAAGUAAUCCGAUUGUUCAGUGAAUUGCUGCUUCCCAACUCCUGUAUUGCUGAUUGCCAUUGAAAGCUUUCAGGUCAUAAUCUCAUAGGACACAGAUACAGUAGAUAUGGCUUAUGCUAGUAUUGCUUCUCUUAUGAGAACGAUAGAACUGCUCUUGACGUUGAAAUCACCAAUACAAUCUCUAAUUUGUGAUCACAGAGAAGAAAUCCUCACUCUUAAUGAAAAAGUUAGUUCCCUGGAAGUUUUCCUCAAGAACUCUGAGAGAAGCAAUGUGUCUGAGGAAAUGACAGAUUUGGAAGCAUGGAUAAAAGAAGUUGCAAAUGUUGUUGAAUACACAAUUCAGCUGAGACUAACAGAAGCUGUAAUGGCAAAUGAUGAAAUGCAGAAAGAAACGGCACGCGAGAUGUUUUGUGAUAGCCUGCAACAAGUAGCUGAGGACAUUAGUCGUGUCCAGAAAGAGUCCAUGAAGAUUCAACAGAAAGGCAAACAAGCAUCAAAGAAAUCUUUGGUUCAAGGUUCAAGUUCAGCAAAAGAUGUUUUGAAUGUUAAGAAGAAUAUGGUGGGACGUGAUGAUCAAAGGAAAAGGUUGUUAGAAGAUCUGACAAGGGGCUCUUCUGGUGAACUGAAAGUCAUCCCGAUCUUGGGGAUGGGGGGCAUUGGUAAAACAACUUUAGCAAAAGAAGUUUAUAAUGACGUAUCCAUUCGAUCUCAUUUUGAUGUUCGUGCCUGGGCUACUGUAUCUAGCCAUCACAAUAUAAAAGAAAUCUUGCUAAGCCUUCUCCGUUCUAGAAUGGGUGACACAUUUUACAUGGAAGAUGAGGCAGAGCUAGCAGAUAUGCUACAAAAGAGUUUAAAAAGCAGGAGAUAUUUAAUUGUCAUGGAUGACAUGUGGAGCAGUAAAGCAUGGGAUGACGUGAGACAAUGCUUUCCAAGUGAAAACAAUGAGAGCAGAGUAUUGUUGACUACCCGUGACACUGAUGUAGCUUGUUAUGCUGGUACAGAGAAUUUUUCUUUACAGAUGAGUUUCAUGGAUCCAUAUGAGAGUUGGAACCUUUUCAAAAGUGCGGCGUUUGCAAAUGAAGAAUUGCCAUCUGAAUAUGAGACUAUUGGGAAGCAAAUUGUCGACAAAUGCCAAGGGUUACCGCUAACCAUUGUUGUGGUUGCUGGGCUUCUAUCCAAAUCUGAAAGGACAAUAGAAGAUUGGGAAAAUAUUGCUCAAGAUGUCAUGUCGUUUGUCACAAAUGAUCCUGAUAAACAAUGUUUACAUGUGCUUGGGCUGAGUUACAAUCACUUGACCAGUAACCUAAAAGCAUGCCUUCUGUAUUUUGGAGCUUUUCCAGAAGACAGAGAAAUUUUGGUGAAGAGGUUGGUGAGAUUAUGGAUAGCUGAGGGGUUUUUGAAGUUGGAAAAAGACUUUGAAGGGGAGGCUGCGAAGUGUUUAAAAGAUCUUGUCGACAGGUGUCUAAUUCUUGUCUGUGAGAAAAAAUGGGAUGAAACAGAAAUUAAAUCAUGUAAGGUUCAUGAUCUGAUAUAUGAGCUAUGCUUGAGAGAAGCUCAAAGCCAAAAUUUUAUCAUGAAUGAUAUUGUAUUUCAUUACCUCGAUUUGGAUGAAGAUGAUGGUUCGGAUGAAAUAGCUCAAAGUCACGACAUUGUACUUGAUCUUGAUGAUGAACCAAAUCCUGUUCCUCCAAAAUGUCGUCAUCUUAGCAGGCAUAAAAUAGGCCCCUGUAAACGAUGGACUGAACAUGAUGAUAUUCAUUGUGGUUACUAUAGGGCCCUUCUUACCCCUGAACUUCAUCAUUUGAUAAGGGGGCAGAGAGAUGAUGAUGUUGAUGAUAACAAUUAUUUCUUGAAACGAACUCGUUCUAUUAUCUCUCUUUCCAAUUAUUGUCCUUUACCAAAUUUUACUCUGGAAUCAGAGAUUAUUCAUUUCAAAUUACUCAGAACCUUGGACUUGAGUCCCAUAGAGGUGGAGUCUUUCCCUUCACAAAUACUAUGCCUCAUUUGGUUGAGGUACCUAGCGUUGUCCGGGGGUUUAAUUGACAUACCUCCAGAAGUUUGCAGGUUAUGGAAUCUGCAAACAUGCAUAGUUAAAGGGUCUAGUUCGAGAUGUAUAAUAUUUCCCGAGCAAAUUUGGGAACUAAUGCAAUUGAGGCAUCUCAAACUGAAUGCAUUUUAUUUACCAAAUCCUCCAAGUGUAUCUGCUGAGGAAGAGAGUUCGUACUUGGUCCUUUCAAACGUACAAACUAUUUAUGGGCUGUCUGCACGUAGUUGUACAAAGGAGGUUAUUUCAGGGAUUCGAAAUGUUAAAAAAUUAGGAAUCUAUGGAGAUAAAGAUGACUGUGAAGAUUCUAGACUUUUCGACAAUCUUGUCCAUCUACAUCAACUUGAAAAAUUGAGGUUUGGACUUCUUACCCCGUGGAAGUUUGGAGAUGCGACUAUUCCAAGUGCAAAAUCUUUUCCAGCAAUGCUCAAGAAAUUGGAGUUAAAUGGAACUUGUCUAAGGUGGGAGGACAUGAACAUUAUAAGUGAAUUGCCUAACCUUGAGGUGCUAAAGGUGCUAAGUGUUAUUCAUGACAAUGAAUGGUAUCCAGUUGCUGGGGGUUUUACUCAGUUGAAGCUUUUGCUAAUUGAUAGUACAAGUCUCAACUACUGGAAAGCCACAGAUGACAAUUUCCCUGCCCUUGAAUGCCUUGUGCUUAGAUCUUGCUAUUUCUUGGCAGAGAUGCCCAUUGAGUUUGCAUAUAUCAACUCACUACAACUAAUUGAGUUAUACAACUGUAUGCCCAAACUCGAGGCUUCUGCUGCACAAAUUCAACAAGAACAAGAAGACAUCGGAAACAAACCACUGGAUAUUCGUAUCCUAAAAUCAUCCAGAUCCAGGUGUUGAGACGCCACUCGACGGUUGAGGUAUUGUUGGUUUGAGAGGAUUGUUUUGGUGAGCCCCAUUUCUCAUCUGUGGGUGCUAUACUUGGAGUUUCUUUUGCUUAAUCAUGUUGUUUUGAACUUUAGAGUUGCUCCAUGGACUCCCUUGGGUUGUAACAGUAAUUAAUACUAAGGUUUGUUACGACUAUGUAUAUCGGGGUCAUAUCCAAUACUUUGUGCUUCAUCUAUGGUUUAUUGAUAUUAUAAAUUUGAUGUUGGGACAUAUUAUAUGGUGUAAUGGGUAACUCUUGAUGCAUGUUGUUGUUACGUGAAGUUUAGCUGAGACUUUAAAUUA